UAUUUAGAGCGUAUUGCCAUGAUCUGCCACGCGCUUUCGGCGUGAUGGUCACAUACAACUGAAUAGGGCCAUAAAUAAAUCAAUUACAUAUUAAGCAAAAAUCGGUGGAUUGUUUUAAAAUCACCUACGUCUCUACAGUUAAAUUAUGUUUUAAGUAAGUAGUGAGAAAAGUUCAACAUUACCUCCCAAUUGCAGCAGAUAUCACAUGCGGCCCCUAUAGUGGUCAAGAGGGAAUAUUGCUUAAACACGCGAAAGCGAUGGAGCGAUAGAGCGAGAAAGCGAGAAAGCGAUGUCCCCUCUCGGCCACCAUACGUCCGCGAAGAGCGCUGAGUGAGCGCGCAGAAAGCGCCGCGGCCUAUUGAAUGCAUACCAGUCUAGCACAAAACAGGCGUUCUCUCAAUCACACGUCUCGCCGUUCGGGGUACGAACGAAGUUCACGCGUCCGUUUCAUAUGCUGUGCAACCCUUGCUGAGUUACUCUAUUAAGUGACUUUUCAUGUGGGAGAUGACUUCGUCUCCAUAGUGUUGCACAUUGAUACAGAAGGGGAUACAACGAGGUGACUUGAACUCCGUGGCGCACAAUGGCCAUACUGCAUGUGGCAUCCAUCAUCUGUGUAAUACCAUUUGUUCUCAGCCUCUCCUCUGACGCUACACCCAUAUGCUCACCAUGUAAGUGUGGUGAAAUUCAAGGGCAGUUAAUUGCCAACUGUUCAGGACUUGAACUGAGAAAAGUUCCCAAGCAUCUUCCCCCUGAGAUACGAAGCCUUGACCUUGGCUGCAACAAGAUAUAUUCCCUCAACGGCCGCUUGAAUCUAUAUCAAUACCUGAGACAUUUGAAUAUUUCAAAUAAUAAAUUGAUUCGUUUCCAAAUCACAGAUUUUUCAAAAUUGUAUCAUUUGGAAAUCUUGGAUGUCCAUUGUAAUCGUCUGAACCUAGAUGAACAUGUUUACCCUAUACAUCUCUUUAGAGCACAAAGGAAACUCCAACAGCUGUUUGUUCACAAGAAUUCUGCUAUUCAUGGAGCCAACCUGUCGUAUCCAGACAAAACUUUCAGUGACUUGAUCUCUCUUCAGACGUUGCACAUUGAUGGAUUAUUCAACCCAAUGUUUGGAAAGGGAUUUGGAAACAUGAAACAUCUCUCCCUUCUUUCUCUCGAAGGCAACUGUGACAUGAGACACAUACAAAAUGAAACAUUUCAAUAUUUGCCCAAUAUAACAUUCUUAUCCAUGACAAAUUGUUAUGUCUUACAAAUCGAGGCUGAUGCGUUUAGUCCUCUCCAGAACAUUCAUACUCUUGACAUAUCCAAAAACAGUGCUCUUGGACUUACGAAUGCAGGCAAAGGUCUCUACGGCCUGCGACACUCAUCACUGAAGGUGUACAAAGCAUGCCAGUUACAUUGGCACCAUGGUCAAACUGUUUUUGUGAGAUAUCAGGAUUUGAUGUAUCUUCAGAAUACAUCCCUUGAAGAACUUUAUCUGGAUGAUAACAGGAUAGAACUCUUUGAUAAUAUCUUACUAACGUACUUGCCAAAGACGCUUAGAAUACUGUCAGUGAAACACAACACGUUUUUCUUUGGCAUUUACCUGUUAGAAAUGUCAGUUUUAUCAAUUGAAUGGGCUGAUAUAUCUCAGCAGCACUCGUCAUAUAUUGAAACGUUUGGGGAUGCUUCUCAGCGGUUAGAAAGAGUAAAGAGAAUUGCCUAUUCAAAGAAACAGUAUAUGUCAUCAUUAGAACAUAGAGGCACUGACGAAGAUAAUUUUUAUUACCAUGGUCAUGACUCAAGGUCAAGUCACAAAAAAUUGUACAUUCCCCCAAAUUUGACAUUCCUUAAUUUUAGCAUUUCAAAAUUGGCUUUUACCAUCCCUCAGUUGGAACUGGGUCCAAACAGUUUGAAAACAAUAGAUUUGUCAAAUAAUUUUUUAACACGGUGGGAGGGACCACUUUCAGGGCUAGACAGCUUAGAAUAUUUUGAUCUUUCUCACAACCAUUGUGAAUAUAUUGCGAAUGAUUUCUUGCUGAACCUCAGUUCCAUUUCUGUUUUUAAUGCUAGUCAUAACAAUUUGGGUCUCGGACUAGGUAAUAGCAGUUUAAGUCAAUUUCAUAAUCUGAAACAUCUCAUUCUGUCUCAUAAUCAGAUUGCCAAUUUACCAAGUGAAAUAUUUAAGAAUUUGACGUCUCUUCAAUAUUUAGACCUAAGCAGUAAUUCCCUGAAAACAUGGGAUGCCAACAUUUACAGAAUGUCAAAUUUGAUGAUAAUAGAUCUUUCAAGAAACGCCUUUGUGGAUAUUCCCAAGUUUCUUCGCUCACAACUUGAUAAACUAUCACCCCUCAAAGUGAAACUCUUCCUUCACGGUAACUCCUUACAGUGUGACUGUCAAACGUUAUUGUCACUGAAAUGGAUGGAAUCAAAAGAGACAAAGGUAGUAGAGCUGUUCAAUCUGACAUGCACAUCGAUAGACAAUAGAGAAAUGAAUAUGACAAAUCUACGAGACAUUGUUUUGAACCUAGAGAAAAGAUGUGCUUCAUUUGUCGGUUUAACGAUCGGACUACUCAGCGUUGUAGUGUUAGCCUUGGCUUUAGCGUUAUUUGGGUUAAUGUACCGUUAUAGAUGGAAACUGAGGUAUGCUUUCUAUUCAAUUUGGAACAAGCACCAGGGGUAUCUCUCGGUUAACAAUAAAGAGCAAGAAUUCGAGUUUGAUGCUUUUGUCUCAUAUGCUGAUGAAGAUCGUACUUUUGUUGUAACGGAUAUGAGGCAGAUUCUUGAAGAGCAAGAGAGACCGGAGGACAAUUUCAUUCUGUGCAUCCACCAUAGAGACUUUCUUCCAGGAGAAGCCAUCGCGGCCAACAUCCUGAAAGCCAUCAGUUCCAGCAGAAAGACUGUGGUGAUCCUGACCAGGAACUUCCUGAAGAGCUACUGGUGUAGAUACGAGAUGGAGAUGGCCAAGAUGGAGAGUAUCUACACUGGAAGGAACACCUUGCAUGUUGUAGUCAUGGAGGACAUUCCUGUGAAGGAUCUUCCUGUGGAUAUAGUGGAGGUGAUGAGACGGGACUCGUACGUGGAGUUCACAGAUGACAUGGAGGGGAAUGCACAGCUUAAAAAGGGGUCUUAGGGCCUGAAAACUGAAUACCAUGGAAUACUGAUACAGUAAACUACGGUUAUAACGAACUCAAAGGGACUACUAAUUUUAGUUCGUUAUAACCGUAGUUCGUUAUAAGUACAUAUACAGCAUGACUACAGCAAGUAGUCGGGACCAAAAAGUAAGUUCGUUAUAUCCGUCAGUUCGUUAUAAGCGUGUUCGUUAUAACCGUAGUUUACUGUACUUGUUUUGUAUAUAAAUGGUGUUCCCAGUUCCCAGGACUGUUACGUACUUCCUAUAACCACAAGAUGUCAGUUCAAUCUAUAAUAAAGAGAAGGGAUUAACAACUUUUAUGUAACAUCUUGAUAUAAUGCAAACGCUUGUGUUUGUCCGGAACUUGCAGACUUUGCUAAAAAAACAAUAUGUGAAAUGACUUCCUCACCGAUAACAUCUAUCUAAAACUUGGGUGUAGACAUUUGGGCAUGAAGUAGGCAUCCCCAUGGGCACCAAUUGUGCUCCCCUCGUGCUCAUCUUUUUCUUAAUGCCUAUGAAUUUCUGCUAAGUCAAAACAAGGCAAUUUUGCCGAGAAGAUCUUCAGGCUUCAGGUAUAUCCAUGAUCUGAUAUCGUUCAAUAACGGUCAAAUAGGCAAUUUUCUUCCACUGAUUUACCCACAGGAGCUAGAAAUAAGGGAGAUCGGUGGGACUGCCUCGCCUGUUUCGCGUUUGGAUCUGUGGAUAAAGAUUCAGAGUGACGAAAGACUCUCCACAGGACUAGAAGAGGGAUGACUUCAACAUUCCAAUAGUCCUCUUUCCCUUUUUUAUCGAGCAGUGUUCCAGCAGGUUUGAGGUGCAGUCAAGCAUGCUCUUUUUACGAAUAUUUCGGAGAGCGUCGUACGACUCUUACUGACAGGUUAUUGCAGCAUUCAAUGCCUCAGUUGAUCUUUUAUGGAGUUUUAAGGUGGAUGUGUGUCGGAAAUUUCCCUAUUUUUAUUGUACCAUAUGGUUCCACGUUUUUGUUUUUCAGGUGAGCAAUUGACUUGCCUUUGCAUGUAUUUGUGACUGGUGACGCCAGUGGGGCAGGGUGCGCUCACUCUUUCGCGAACACCUGGUGUCAUCACUGUUUGAUAGCGAUUCAUAAACACAUUCUUAUGACACAGUCGGAAUCGUACAAUCGACUCGACUUUAAGCACAGGGGAUUUCUUGUGACUAUGGAAAGGGUUUUAUUUUCUCAUAAGCUGUAGGUACUAAUCAGUCAUUGACAAUGAUUAACAUUAAUGUGAAUCGUCUCCUUACAUCUUAACCUUUCCAUACACUUCAAGGUUCUGCUUUUCAGAAAACAAUAGACUGAUAGAUAUCUUCUAAAAGAACCCCAAGAGACUUGUAUAUUAUGGAAGGGGAUCUGUGCCAAUAUUACAUUACGCUUCUGUCAUAAUUCAUUAUUGCAUUGUGCCUUACGCGAACCGCCGUUAUGAAAAAUGGUAUAAUUCAUUUUGCAUUGAUCAUUGCGCCUGAUGUAAUUCUUGAUGAUGUUCUUCUUGUUGCUAAAUAUCUACAGCGAUUUUGCUUAGUCAAAUGAAUGAUGAAUGCUAUUAUGAAUGAUGUAAAAGUUAUACUGACGCACUCAUGAUUUCUUCACCCAUUCUGCACUAUUCGUAAUUUUAUAUCAUAUCCUCGUUUCUUUGCGCCUAUUUUACACGGAAGCCAAGGAGAGCCAAAUAAUGAAACUGUUUCUACAUACACCGUUAUCUAAGCAUCAAACUCCAUAGAAACGGUAGAUUUGUAUCAGCAAUUAAAAUGUCAGUAGAAACUGCAAUCAAAGCAAUGUUUUCAUUACUUAAGAAAGCACGGAAUAUCCGUUUAACCGUGGAUUGUACUUUAUCAGCAUUUGAGGGGUUUGAAAUUUAAAAGCUUUCAUCUUUACUUUGAUUUUUGACUCAAAUUUCAUGACUUAUGCGAAUUUGGAAGAGAACCUUCAUGAAGAACAAUUUACCAAUUUUGGCAUUAAAAUGCAACAAAUAAUGACACGCUCUAAAUAUCAAACUUAUUGUACAAAUCUAUUAUUUCAAAUGGCUCAUUUUCUUGUGUUAAGUUACGAUGUAUAUUAUUUGUCAUAUAUUAUACGAGUGUGGCCUUCAGGCGGUUUUCAAUAAUCCACAAAAUUUGCAAAGUUUGGCGUAGUUCUAUCUAUUUCUGUCAAAAUCUAUUUAUUAACCUAUUUUAUGUAACUCACAUGCUGUUAGGGACGAGUUUCACUAUCUACUAGUAUUUCGAUGUGACGCUUUUCACCAACAGCGGAUAUUUUAAUUUCAUGGCCAAAUCUAUAUCAAUUAAUAGUAUUAUCCUACAUUUGUAAAGCAAAUAAGAAAUAUUUUAAAAAUGUCAACAUAUAUUAUAUACAAAUGUGAAACUGUGGACUCCUGUAACAGCAUAUUUUCGACUGCCGGUUAACUCAUGUACCACUGCAGGUUAACUCAUGUACCACUGCCGGUUAACUCAUGUGCCACUGCCGGUUAACUCAUGUACCACUGCCGGUUAACUCAUGUGCCACUGCCGGUUAACUCAUGUACCACUGCAGGUUAACUCAUGUACCACUGCCGGUUAACUCAUGUGCCACUGCCGGUUAACUCAUGUGCCACUGCCGGUUAACUCAUGUACCACUGCCGGUUAACUCAUGUGCCACUGCAGGUUAACUCAUGUGCCACUGCCGGUUAACUCAUGUGCCACUGCCGGUUAACUCAUGUACCACUGCCGGUUAACUCAUGUACCACUGCCGGUUAACUCAUGUACCACUGCCGGUUAACUCAUGUGCCACUGCCGGUUAACUCAUGUACCACUGCCGGUUAACUCAUGUACCACCGCUGGUGAAUUUUGAGAAAUAAACUUGACAUGACACCGAGUUAUCGUUUCAUCAUGCCGCUUCCUUCUCAUCAAGAAUAACACAUGCAAAAUCUUUGGUAAUGUCUCCAACAGGGUGUUAUUUUUAGCCACUUGAAGUAAUGUCAUGGCGCAAAACCUUGCAGAUUUAGGGUAUUUGAUAGUUUUUUUGUUUGUUUUUGUUUAACGCCGCACUCAGCAAUAUUCCAGCUACAUCACGGUGGUCUGUAAAUAAUCGAGU